AUGGGAGACGACACCAGCAGGAAACCAGAAACCAAACCUAUCGAGACCCUCUUGGAUGUCUCAGACUUAUACACCAUACACCAUUCCGAUCACCCAAAUAUUGUCCUAGUAUCCAAGCUGCUCGAAGGAGACAACUACAGCACGUGGAGUCGUGCCAUGCGCAUCAGUCUCAGCGCGAAAAACAAGAUCGAAUUUGUGGAAGGCACCGUCAAGUCCCCAUCUCCGACAGAUGCAAAAUUUCCAUUGUGGCAACGUUGCGAUGAUAUGGUUUUGGCAUGGAUUUUAAAUUCUGUCCAUUCUGACAUCGCAAGCAGCAUCAUGCACAACUCCAAUGCAGCAGAGGCAUGGAAUGAUUUGAAAGAACGUUUCUCCCAAGGAAACGAUUCACGUAUUUAUCAGAUUAAGAGAGAGAUUGUUGAGCAUAGACAAGGCCAGCAAUCAAUCUCUAAUUACUACACCAAACUGAAGGCCCUCUGGGAUGAGCUUUCCUCGUACAACAAGGAAGCGACAUGCACUUGCGGAGGAUUAGAGCACCUUAACAAAAGGGAAGAGAAAGAAAGGGUCAUGCAAUUCCUUAUGGGAUUGAAUGACAGCUACUCAGCAAUUCGAGGACAAAUCUUGUUGAUGCAGCCACUGCCUGACACGCGACGCGUCUACUCUCUCAUCCUCCAACAAGAAAAACAAGUUGAAGUAUCUCUUAAUCGAGAAAACUUGAACCACCAUGCCAUGCUAGCAACCCAUGCAUCAGACACGGGCAAUCAAGCAAACCAAGUCCAGAAGAAGAAAUGUUCAUACUGUGAUCAAGGCGGUCAUGUCGUUGAAAGGUGUUUCUACCUAUAUGGAUUUCCACCUGGUCACAAGUUUCAUGGAAAGAAUGUGAAACCACCCAACCAACGGCGAUCUCAUGCCAACCAUGUGAAGACUGGACAAGAACCAAACAAGGCCAUUGAUUCAAGCCACAAACCAUCCACCUCAAAAGGUCCAAGAUUCACCACCGAGGAGUAUAACCAAUUGAUGGCACUCCUUCGAAAAACCAAUGAUGGUAAUCAACAACACUUUGCAAAUGCAACAGGUAUUAUCACGCCAUCCUCUAAUAUGGAUCAAAUUGAUUAUCCUUCGAAAUUAUAUUGGAUUAUUGAUAGUGGGGCCACGGAUCAUGUGACGGCCUUAUCCACUUUGAUGAAACCACAGUCUCAAUCAAACUUUACCACAGUCCAGUUACCUGAUGGUGGGCACUCACGUGUAGAGGCCAUUGGUUCAUUGAAAAUCAGUCCGCAAAUCACUCUUGAAUGA